GCCGAGCACACGUGUCGUUGGACGUUCGAAGUUUGAAUUGUCGAGUUCUAAUACGCGAGUUUGUUUAGUACGAGUUGACUAUGUGGUUUUGUGAGGAGGAUUUUUUGGAGUAACUUUUGUAGCUGAGGCGAAAUGUGACUACGUUUUUGGAUUUAGUUUAAGGAUCAAACGCAAAUAUGGCUCGCAGAGUGUUGAUAUUGUUCGCUUCGAUAUCCACCUUCAACACAGAUGCCUUGCUUGUCUACAACACACGCUACUCAACUCCUGAAUCAUAUGAGAACAGCUCAAGAUAUCUACCGUCUUACGGCUCUUUUAUAGAAAAAAAUGAUCCCCAACAAAGGAGCAAUAUGGACAGCUUGCGCAAAAUAUGGACUGAAUCAGAACUUGCUAUGCCAGAUUUAGAUAACAAUCUUCAAGAGCAGUCGUACACAGAAAACUCGUACCUUUUACGAAAUCCACUGGGACCCAAUACACCGCAGAUCAAAGACACAAUUAGAAGAAGAAGAAGUUUAUCAGAUGGCCGUGUGAUGAUCACUCAGCAUUUUACGGAAAGGACAGUCACUCCCGGUGGCGAUAUCAGUAUGCAAUGCGCAGCCUCCGGAGACAGACCACCUCAGUUUGUGUGGGAAAGAGAUGGAGUAGCGGUCACCAGCAUUACUGAACACAGAUACGCGUUAGGUCAAGUGAUGACGUCAGACAACUCAGUGAUGGCUCAGCUUAACAUCACCAGGGUAAGGGUGGAAGAUGGAGGGUUGUAUUCCUGUACGGCGAGGGAAGGGGAUCACUCUGCCAGUCACGAGAAUAGGUUGGAUGUAUAUGGUCCUCCAUACAUAAGAUCAUUGCCGCCAAUCAAGAUUCAAAGUGGAGAAUCAGUGAACUUGAGAUGUCCCUAUUAUGGAUAUCCUAUAAGCAAAAUCGACUGGGAAUUCAAAGGGCAGAUUCUGAACACGAACAGCUUAUUCCAAACGAGAUACAAACGAAACAUACAUCACAAGCGAAAAUCUAGAAGAAACGCUCCAUCAGUCAACAAUAAUGGCAUACUUACAAUCCCAGAAGUUACUAAGGAACAAAACGGUGCAGUUUACACUUGUAUAGUAACUAGUCCAUCAGGAGAAAUGGCGAGACGAGCGUUCGAAAUUCAAGUCAUAGAAGCGCCUAUUCUCGAAGAUUUGCUCUUAGGGAAUAAUCUUCAAGAAGGACAAAUUGUUAAUAUCUAUUGUAAUGUUAGAAGCGGUGACUUGCCGAUACAUUUUGAGUGGCUAAAGGAUGGCAAAAGGAUACCCAAUAGCCUGAAGGUAGUAGAAAGGAGUUCGGAACUAUUCAGCGCAUUGGUGAUCAAGAAGGUGUCAUUGGAACAUUGCGGGACUUACACUUGUGUCGCUUCGAAUCACGUGGCUAAAGUGAAUCGGUCCACUGAACUUUACAUUAAAGUGGCUCCAAAAUGGUUGGACGAACCAUCAAACUCCUCCCUGUUAUUGGGCAGGCGGGGCACGGUAUCGUGCAGCGCGAGCGGGUACCCCCAGCCUCAGGUGCAUUGGAUGAAGAAGGAUGUAAUACUGGGCACAUGGCAACCGGUUCUCGAACUGGCUGGCGGGGGGAUCCUCAGUCUGCCCAACGGAACCCUAAUCAUUGAGGAAGUGUCCUUGACUGACGAGGGACUUUAUUCGUGUAAUGUGGAGAAUGGAGUGGGGCAGCCAUUAAGCAAGACUAUUUGGAUGAGCGUCAACAAACCAGUUCACUUCGAGUCAUCAUCUGGCAAUGUGACCUCACGUCUCGGUCACCCCAUCACUUUGGAGUGUCGGCCUCUCGGUGACGACCCCAUCAGGAUCACCUGGGUGCAUGAUGGGAAUAUUGUGGAGUUUCAGAAUCAGAGGAUCAAACUAUCAGAAACGAAGAUCAACCAAGGAGUGUCUAGUUCUAUCAACUUACAGUACACAGAAACAACCGACGCUGGAUUGUACCAAUGCAGAGCCAGCAAUCCUUAUGGAGCUGCUAGUUUUAGUGUCCGUCUUACUGUACUAGAACCCCCUACCCCACCUUCAGAAGUCCGCGUAGAUUCAGUUCGCUCAAGAACCGCCACUAUAUCUUGGAGAGACACUCUCAGGGCUUACGCGAGACACUACAACCUUCAAUACGUGGCUUCACAGUACGGGGACAGUGUGUGGGAACAUGCAGCCAAUAUCAAUGUUACCAGGAAAGAUACAGAAAUCCGUCAAUCAGUGGAACUCCAGAAUCUCCGUCCAGCCACGGCGUAUGGAGUGAGAGUGGCCACUGGGAACCAAGUGGGCACCAGCCUUUAUACUGCUCCUAUACACUUCACCACUAACGAGGAAGCUCCAUCGUCACCCCCUCUGAAUCUACAAGUGGAACAAACAGAGAACCCUGGGGAACUCCGCGCUUCCUGGCUUCCUCCACUCAAAGAUACACAUAAUGGAAUAGUACUGGGAUACCAUAUCAAGGCUGCACCGCAGAAUGUUGGCAAUGAUGAUACGGACACUAGAACUUUAAAAGUUAAUCAGCAAUCAGGAAAACAAGAAAUGCUUUUGACCGGUUUAUUGAAAAAUACAAGGUAUUCCAUAUCUGUGUCAGCAUUUACAAGUGCGGGAUCCGGACCAUAUUCUUUGCCUGUGUAUCAAGAUACAAGGGAAGGAGCCCCUGAACAAUCUCCAUCUUCAAUAGAGUGCUCAGCUGUAUCCUCUACAUCACUGAGGGUUGGUUGGCAACCCAUCGCGUUGUCUGCCCAAGGAACCUCUCUAAUAGGAUAUACUAUCCUUUAUGCCACUGAAGAUGGAGCGUGGCACAAUCAAACAUCCCUACAUACAGAAAUCUACCUACAAAGUCUGAGCAAAUUCACAAACUACACAGUCAAAGUGGCGGGUUUCUCCAAUUUCGGCGCUGGGCCCUAUUCCUAUCCCAUCGUGUGUGCUACUUUACAAGACGUCCCUGGACCGCCAGCCGACAUCAAAGUUCUGGUGAUGUCAGCAUCCUCAUUACUUGUGAGCUGGAAGAGACCAGAACACCCUAACGGACAACUCUUGUAUUACACCAUCUAUGUCAAACCUACAUCUAGCACUGGUCCACCGCAGCCGCACCGAGUAGAGUCCACAAGCAGAACCACCGCGGAAGUGAAGGACCUCACUACAGGAAGGGCGUAUGAAGUGUGGGCUACAGCUAGCACUAGUGUGGGAGAAGGGGCUGCUACAAGGAGGGUGUCUCAUACUCCGACACAUAGAGUGGUAGCCGGCGUGGCCUCUCUCGGCGGAACCAUUUCAGUGGGAGUGGGUAGUUCCUUACUGUUAGUCUGUCAAUGUGUGGGGGUACCACCCCCUAGGACCGUGUGGUACCACAAGCUGAACAUCAUCACACACCACCCCAGGUUUACGAGGAACCAUGACGACAGCUUGCUUAUCAACAACAUCGACCAAUCCCUGAGUGGCAACUAUACUUGCCUAGCAAAGAACCUUUACGGAUCAGACUCAGUGGAAUACACCAUCAUAGUGUUGCCACUACCUGAAGCCCCUACUCUGAGAGCUACGCCUUACAAGGAUUCCAUAUUGGUGGAGUGGGAGCAACCUUACUUCCCGAACAAUAGGAGUUACAGUCAGAAAAUCAGCUACAGCCUGACAUGGAAAGAAGCCAACGGCCCCUGGCACGAAGCGUGGCCGGCGAACAAGUUGCCCAACUUGUCAGGAGUUCAGAAACAUGUCCUGACAGGCCUCAAGUGCGGUACAAAGUAUUCCCUCAGGAUCACAGCGACUAAUAAAGUGGGGACGUCGCAACCGGCUUAUUUGGAUGUUAGCACUUUAGGGGGAGUACCAAUAGCGCCUACCACCAACGACUGGCUCUGGAGCAACUGCAGCCAUAUCUCCGUACAGCUGGCGGGCUGGGACGACGGUGGAUGUGAAUUGAGAAGUUGGGACUUGGAGUACCGACCUUUGGGCACUCGGCCCUGGCUCAGAACACAUCAUUCUGUGUCGUACUCGGAGCCGUGGCGGGCGGCGGGCCGCGCGUGGCUGCGCGCGCUGGCGCCGGGCGCGUGGUACCAGCUGCGGGUCGCGGCCGCCAACGACGCCGGCAGUGUCUCCUCCACGUACACCAUCGCCACCAACAACGAGGACGGCAGUGAAGUGGGCCCGCCAUCAGAACUAUUUGACAUCAACAUGCUUGUGAUAGUGUGCAGUUCCAUAUUACUGACGAUAUGUCUGCUCAGCUGUAUCUAUAUACUUCUCAAGAGGCAAAGAGGAGGCCUGACGGAAUACCGCGAGUCAAUCGCCGCGGAUAAUAAAUCGGAAAGCGGUAAUCUGACGGCCAAUACUUCUCAUACCAACUUGGCGAAUGUCAAAGAAAAUGCAAUGAACGCUCAGAACAGAAUAUAUAGUGCGCCCAUACACCUGAGGAAUAACAGCAAACACGAACUGUACGAGAUAAGCCCGUACGCGCAGUUUGCGGUGGGGUUCCGUACAUUCGGCCACGUGGAGAACCAGGACCUGCCCAGCAGACACAAGCAUAGCAGAUACGAUACUGUGUAUUUUUCAGAAACCAGUUUCCAAGUGUGUUCAGAGUCGGAGGAUAGCGACAGUAUAUCAAAAUCAACGCUCAAAAGUGUGCCAAGAAAAGUAUGCAGAACUCCUCACCAUAGGUAACUAGACAAGGAACUUCUGUCUUUUUGAAGCAUUUUGUAAUUACUUCAGGUUCUAACAAAAUAAAUUAGUUGCCAUUUCUUACAAGUGUAACUUACAAGAAUAACAAAAUAAAUUAAACAAUACUUAAAUUCCUAUGAGGUAGGUAGCCUCUUUGCAGAUAUGUAAUUCGAUUAUUAUAUUAUAAAUGAAAAAUAAUAUUACACUACCUUCAUCAGUAGUGUAUAUUUUUGUUACAUGAAAAACAAGGCUGUUAAACAAUUUUGUUGAAUAAUCUCAAACAUUUCAAACGAGUAUUCAUUUCGAAGAAGUAUUAUUAGGUAUUUUGGUGCCCCAUAAUUUUAAUUAAUUUAAGAGAUUUAUAAAUCAUGACAGUAUUAACGAAAGUUGUUCUGAUUAAGAUUUAAUAUUUUUUUGUUAUUCACUUUGAUAUAGAUCUUGUUACUGUUUUAAUUAUAAUUUAAGUACUUUUUAGAUAGAACUAUAAAAUGUACCUAAAUGUAAUUUAUAUAGCCAUUAGUAUUGUAUUUUCAAUAAUAAUUUCCAAACAAUAUUUAUUCCUAUAAGAAAGAAUAAAAUUGUAAAUAUUAAAUUAUAACCAAAAUAAACUAGUCGCGUAUUGAGUACGUUUUAUGUUGAACAUUGGGGUGAAUGGAUUCUCAAUAAGAAUCGUUAAGAAUAUAUCUAAAACAAGACUGACUAUUCAUCUAAACGAUUGUUAUUUUAUUUCUAUACAAGUAUUUAGGCGAUUAAUAAAUGUUAGCAAAUUACUCUUGUUUUAUUGAAAGCAAGCUGCAUCUUGAAUUGUUUCUAUAACUGAGUACUCCCUAGUGUAUCCGCUUUAUUUUGAUUAUGUUCUAUGUCUUUCUGA